AUGUCAACCGAAGGAGACGAUGCAGCCAACCCCAAAUUGCCUGCUGGUAUUCCUAGCUCAUUGAUAUCCGGAGAUCAGAACGAGAUGUUACACUCUAAUUAUUUGGUAGAAACAAAAGCUGCCAAAUUAGAUAACAGACAGCAACCAGGACUGUCGCCAACCAAGACCGAUGAGAAAACAAUGGAGAAUUCAGCCGCUGCCAAGGACAAAGAAGCAAGCAACCAGAAGAGCGAGUCUGGAGAUAGUCUUACAGAGCGACCCAAUGUCAUGUCUCUGGGGAAUAUUGUUGAAGACAUACAAGCAUUGAAUAUGGCAAUCAACGCAAUGGAAGAUGAAGAAAGUCCACCAGGAGCCUUUGCAAUCGGAGGACCAGGUGCCCACCGGGGAAGUGCUUCCAGUCUGGUUAUUUAUAGCAGUGUCAGAGCAUCUCAAAGCGAUCCAGUGCACAUUGAUGAUGCCCACCUAGUGGCUCUGGAUGAAGAGAGUGCACCUGCGGAUAAUACAGAUGGCAGCCAUCACAGCAGCAACACUGAACUUGUUGAGGGUAAAGUAUUAGGCAGGAGACAACAAGACAAGCAAGGCCGCUGGAUUGGGUGGGUUGCCAUUCUUGGCUGUGCUGUCCUUGCAGUGGUAUUGAUGCUGGUCUUCCUUGUGGGGCGGUCUGAUGGUGAACUCAAAGAGACCACAAUGAGUGCAAGCAGUACUUUCACUCAAGACCAAGCCCCUUAUCCACCAUUCCAUGAUGAUCUCCCUGCCUUGGUUACCACGGGCAUUUUGGAGAACAGAUAUAGUCCUUUUUAUCAUGCAAAUGAAUGGGUCAUGAAGGAUCCCAACUUCAGCAUCUACGCCAAAGAACGAAAUCUGCAAAGGUUCUAUUUGGCCAUGAUGUACCAUGCUACAAAUGGUGAUUCUUGGCUUGAUAAUGAGAACUGGCUCAGUUAUGAAGUCUCCGAAUGCAAUUGGUUCACCAAGAGCAGUUUUGCCACCUCAAGCAAGUUCUAUGAAGCCAAUGUCUGUGAAAACAGCACAGUGAUCAACUUGAGCCUGCCAUCAAACAAUUUGACAGGGACGUUCCCAAUUUGGUACACUUACUUCAUUCCCUCACUGAAGAUCCUUGACCUUGGUUACAAUCCCAUUGCUGGUGCACUGCCACCAAUCACUUCCACUCCAGAAAUUGAAGUCUUUGUUGUUUGCCACACUGAAUUAGAGGGGGCUCCAAUCAUUAAUGCCGGGGCCUACUUCCCUGCUCUCAAGGUCAUGCGGAUUGACCAUAGCAAGAUUCGCAGAAGCAACAAGGGGGCUUUACAAUAUCUGACUCCAAACCUUGAGGUCACUAAUGUUACAGGCAAUCUUAGAGAUAAAGGCCCAAUGUUUUCAUCCAUGGGACUCCUGACUCACUUGGAAUAUCUGGGGAAUGGUCACAGAGGCUUUCUGACCAGCACAAUUGUAACUGAGAUUGGUUUGGCCAGGUCCCUGCUUGAAAUUGACUGGUCCAGCAAUCCCAGGCUUGAGGGAACGAUUCCGUCUGAACUUGGUCAACUUGCUCACUUGAGGAAGCUAGACCUAACGGACACACCUGUCACUGGGCAGGUGCCUGUUGAGGUUUGCAAGAGAGUACAAGCAGGCCAACUGGAGCUAUUGUUAGACUGUGGAACCCAGCUUGAAUGUUGUGUAGACUGA